UAUCCCAUGGCAAGGUGCAAAAGAUCCAGAAAAUGAUCCAGAAAAUGAUCGAAAAAAAACGCUUUAGUGGCGAGAUCAAAGUUGGCAGCGUGGAAGAGUUUCAGGGGCAAGAAAGAAGAGUAAUCAUCUUGUCAACAGUUAGAAGCACCAAGAAAGAAUAUCUGGAGGUGGACAAGGACUUCCACCUCGGAUUCCUUAACAAUCCCAAGAGAUUCAACGUGGCCAUAACUCGUGCCCAGGCUCUCUUGAUUCUGAUAGGGAACCCGGACAUGCUCUGCCUGGACGAGAACUGGAAAACUUUUAUAAAUUACUGUCGUGCAAACAACGCUACUGUUGACGUAGAAAGGAAAGAGAAGGUGGAAGACAUUGCAGACACUCUAAGAAGACUCAAACUCUUCUCUGCAGCAUCAUCAGAAUACGACGAAGACUCGGAAAUUAGCCAGCGUCAGCUUCAAGAACACCCAGAGUGGACAAGGCACGAAUAAAUAUCGCGCUGUUCCAGUCUCCAGCUGCACUAGAAUCUUGUUAUCUUGUAACGAUCUUUUCAACAAAUUAACUUUCGGUAACUUUUUACUUUUACCGUGUUCAAUUUUGUAGCUUAGGAUUUGCAAUUGGGACAAAUGGCAUUGCUGCACACUUUGCCCUUGCAUUACUGGUCAGUGAGUAAGUAGUCUAAAAUGACAAAAGGUGUCUAACUCACAGAACCUCAGGCGUGCCACUUACUGAGUGUUUCUGUUGCAUCUAAAAACUUGCACUUAGAAGUUCUAGACACCGUAUCAUUAUCAAGAAAACUUACUCAUUCAGAACGAU